CUGCCGGCCCGCUACGUGAUCCACACGGUGGGGCCGGUGUGGCACGGCGGCAGCUCCGGAGAGCCUGAGCUGCUCGCUUCGUGCUACCGGACCAGCCUGGAGCUGGCGGCGUCGCUGGGCGAUGCGGAGCCGGUGCAGACCGUCGCCUUUCCGGCGAUCUCCACCGGGGUCUUCGGCUAUCCCAAGGACGCGGCGGCGCGGGUUGCCUACCAGUCGAUCCGUUCAUUCCUGGACGGCAGCGACCGGCCGCGGCAGGUGAUACUGAUCUUCUUUUCGGGCGAUGAUGCGCAAGGCUUUCUGCUGGCGCGAUCCAGACGCCGCUCUCCGCUAGGGAGGGAGCGAUGGGACAGCAGGGCACGCUCGUACAGGAACGGCCGCGCGUGCGGGAGCGGCGCGACGCGGGGGGGCCGCCGGUUACCGUGCCGCUGCCGACGCGCCGCCUGGGCAAGACCGAUCUGGAGGUGCCGAUCGUGGGCUACGGCAGCGCCGCGGGCGGCAUGGGGCUCCCCGACGGCGAGGCGAUCGAGCUGCUGCACCGGGCGAUCGACCUGGGGGUCACCUACCUGGACACCGCUCCCGGCUACGGCAGCGCGCACCAGCAGCUUCGCGAGGUGCUGGCAGAGCGGCGGGACGAGGUGA